GGGAUCAGAGCAUAAGAUGAGGGGGUACAAAGGAAGACAGGGGAAUCCUGAAUUUUAAAUAACUCUUCAUAAGAAGGAAUGUCAGCACAUUAAGAUUUUCUUGCAUAUGGCCAUGGCUAUGCAGCAGCACCUGCGUGUGAAGGAAUGUCACUGCCGUCCCAUAACAGCACUUGGCUAUCAUGCAGCUCGACGCGAGUGCCUCACUGGCUUUGAAGAUGGGGUGAUUAAAUGGUGGGAUAUGGAAAGCGGGCGUGUGUCUCUGCGCACCAAAGAGCAUGCUGGUCGUGUCACCCACUUCCUGUCCUGGGCACAGGCACGGCUCCUCUUCUCUGCUUCCAAUGACAGCUCCAUGCUUGUGUGGUCUCCAAGUGGCACUUUGCUUGACCAUAUCUCGCUAGGCUACCCUGUCUUCACCCUGGCAAUCAGCCUGGCUCGGCUUCUUCUGCUGUGUGGCAGCAAGGGACGCCUGGUGGCCUUCCCUUUGGAUGAAAAGAGAGAAUCUGGGUGUGUGAUCAAAGUGACGCAGGGCUUUUCUGACCGCACGCACACAGACAUCGUAUCCUGCAUCACCUGCCAAGACAACCACAUAUACACUGCAGGCUAUGACAAGAAGCUGCUGAUCUUCGACACAUACCAGACUCCAGGCAGGACAAGUCUGACAACUAAGCACUGCAUCCCACGAGCCCACCAUGCCGCCAUCACACAUCUUCUGCUGGUGCGACAACAAGAGACCACGAGGAUGCUCUCAGGUUCUUUUGACCAGACAGUUGGCAUCUGGUCCCAGGACGGACAGCUGAUCCAACGCCUUGGUCCCUUCUCCGGAAAUAUUACUGGGCUGUGCUAUGUGGCAUCUGUUGGCAUUGUCUGGAUCACCAGUGACACAUCCCAACCCACCCUUUAUGAGCCCCAAUCUGGGGAGAUAGUUACACAGUUCAUAUCCACAUUCCAAGGCCAACAGAGAGAUGGGCCUGUUCUUCAGCAGCUUCUCAGCUUGCCAGACUCGAGGCAUGUGAUUGGUACAGCAAAGCCACAGCAAGUGCUGGUCUGGCGCUACAGUGAGUUAGGAUGCCUCACAGUGUUGUCUUGCAGACACCCUCUAGAGUGCCUGGCCUAUGCCAAGAAGGAGCCCAUUCUGCUCUUCAGUGGGGACAGCAAUGGAACAUUGCACAAAUGGGAAAGGAGCUACAUAUCCCCCUUCAUCUACAGCAGAGAGUCCUUCCACAUAAGUGAAGCCAGUCUGGAGCGACGGGGUCCCUUGGCACUGCAGAUGGAGAAGGGCUGUAAAGAGGGACCACAUUUUCAUCACGAUUCCCCUUGGAAACGAGGAAAAAGUUCUAGUGGGCCCCAAAGGGAUUACACCCCACCCAGGAGCACAGCAAAAAGCACAGGAGAAAAAAGCAUAGGCUUCACUAGGGCCCUCUUCACUGAGGAGCUGGAUAUUCUGGUGGUGUCAGCAACUGAUGGGAACAUUUAUCUCUGGGAGUUUGAGAGCUUCAUCCCGGGCACCGAAUCCCAUACCCAGCAAUUCCUGCCUGCAUUAGGCCAGGACUCCAAAACUCUGGCAUCAACCUGUGCUGAAGAUGAGAAAGUCCAAGACUCUUCUAGCACAUGUGCAGUAGGUGAAGAAUAUGGUCAGGAACAGCCGUGCAUGCUCCACUGGGGCUUUACCUGCAGAACUGUGCUGUGUGGGCACAUAGGCAUGGUGACAGCGCUCACUUUGGCAGGCAGUGACUUCCCCUUCCUGCUCAGUGGGGGAUGGGAUGGAAGACUGUGUCUCUGGGACCUGCAAAACCAUUCCUUGCAGAAUGCCUUUCCUAGUCUGCCUGGGGACGAUGGACCCAUCCUGGAUAUGGCCUACUCCCCAAAGAGGAGGGAAUUUGCUUUCUCUUCUAGCACUGGCAGCAUUUUUAUCUGUGCUUUCAAUCCUCACUGUGCUGAUCUGGUGCUCCUGGCUGAGCUUUGUGGGCACAAAGCCGCUGUCGUAGCCUUAGUCUGGCACCCGCUCGAGGAUAAGUGGGUCAGUGGUGAUGAAGAUGGCUCCAUUCGGCUCUGGAGUGAAGAUGGGGGAUGCUGCAUACAGGACCUGAGAGCCCCCAGAGGGAUCACUUGCCUCUGCAUUGACCAGUCCAAUGGCAGCAUCGUUGCAGGGGUCCAUGACACCAUCAGGGUUUAUGAUCCAAAAUCUGGGGUGCAGGUGCAAAGGCACACAGGGCAUCAAGACUCCAUCAAGAGUCUCAUCCAUGUCCCAGAAAUGGAGCAGUAUGUGUCCGUCUCACUGGAUGGCACAGCAUGUACGUGGAAGGCCUAUCACCAAGGGAAAUAGCCCAAAGCCGAGGGCAGACCCAGGGAACAGCUGCCACUGCAUCGGCUAACCCGCUUGAGCAGGCAAACAGCUUUCUCUGUAAAGACAACUUGCAGAAGAACCUGACAAGAGCAACAAAUGCUGUCAUUUGCCUACACAGUUUGGAAGAUCUGGGACCAAACUGUCAAGCAGCAGGGAACAGUUGCACUAUCCUCUGGUUCCUCCCAUGUCAUCUCCAUGAAGGCAGCUGGCAGAGGAUUUCAGUGAACAACAAAUAUUUAUAUAGUGCUUUUCAACAAACGUUUCCAAAGUGGUUUACAUAGAGAAAUAACAAAUAAAUAAAUAAAUAAGAUGGAUCAGCAUCUGUGAUGCAUGAAUGCUGCUGCUCUUUCACUUUGUGAAGUUCCAGGACUCAUGGGCAAGAGUUGGUCACACUUUCCGGGUCACUGUCAGAUGCCUCCACGAAGACAGUUGGCAGAAGUGUGCAGAAAGAAGAGAGGAGAAAAGGGCCCAGGCGAAGGAUGGAGGA